AAGGAUCUGAUUCAGAUUUUAGUUAAAAUUUGGGAGAUAUUAUUUCCUUUCGACAAAACCCACAGAAGAAAAACACCAAGAAAAAAAAAUCCAUGGCUCCCAAGGCGAAAGAGAAACCUAAAACCUCACCACAACAACCAACUGCGGAAAUCGAAGAUCUCUUCACUACUCUAAACCGCCAUGUCCAAAAUUCAGAGUUCGAGAAAGCUGUAAAAGUUGCAGAUCAAGUUCUUGCAAUUUCUCCUGGUGAUGAGGAUGCUUUAAACUGCAAGAUCGUAGGUCUGAUUAAAGCUGAUAAUAUAGAUCUUGCUUUGUCAACUAUACAGUCUUUGAAACAUGUUUCGGCCGAUUUGGGAUUUUAUAAGGCAUAUUGUCUAUACAGACAAAACAAGCUGGAUGAAGCUAUGGAGUCCCUAUCAAGUCUGGAGAGGACCUCCGUGACCAUGCAAUUAGAAUCUCAGAUUCUUUAUCGUCUGGGGAAACUGGAGACUUGUAUGGAUCUCUAUCAGAAGCUUCAAAAUCUAAAGAUAGACUCCUUAGAAAUCAAUAUUGUGGCUGGUUUAGUAUCUGCUGGAAGAGCUUCUGAAGUUCAAGGGACAAUGAAUGCGCUCAAAGUUAAACCCAAUAGCAGCUUUGAACUGGCGUAUAAUAAUGCUUGUUCUUUGAUCGAGAGGCAAAAAUAUGUGGAAGCGGAACAACAGUUGCUUUCAGCUAGAAGAAUCGGUCAAGAAACACUAAUGGAGGACAAUUGGGCUGAUGAUGAGAUAGAAAUGGAACUUGCUCCUAUAGCCGUACAGUUGGCUUAUGUUCGGCAGCUGCUUGGACACCCACAAGAAGCCAUUGAAACUUACGUGGAUAUCAUUACUCGAAACCUAAGCGAUGAUUCAUCACUUGCGGUGGCAAUAAACAACCUUAUUGCGCUGAAGGGUCCAAAGGAUGCAUCUGACGGCCUUAGAAAACUUGAUAAGCUGAUAGAGAAAGGUAAUGCAGCACAUGGGUUCCAGCUUGCUCGAGGGCUUGAUUUGAAGCUAUCCUCGAGACAGAAAGAGGCAAUAUACUCUAAUCGUGUGCUUCUACUACUACACGCAUCAAGGGUAGAUCAGGCUCGAGAACUUGUGACUGCUUUUUCAGAGAUGUUCCCAGGUAGUGUGAUGCCAACACUUCUUCAAGCCGCGGUGUUCAUUAAAGAGAACAAAGCCGUGAAAGCUGAAGAGAUCCUUGGCCAGUUUGCCAACAAAUUCCCAGAGAAGUCAAAGGUGGCCCUCCUUGCACGUGCUCAGAUUGCUGCUGCUGCCAACCAUCCUAAGAUAGCUGCAGAUUCACUAUCCAGGAUUCCUGAUAUACAACACAUGCCAGCUACUGUCGCCACACUUGUCUCACUGAAAGAACGAGAUGGGGAUAUUGAUGGUGCAACCACAGUUCUUGAUUCUGCUAUUACUUGGUGGUCUAAUGCCAUGAGUGAUGAUAACAAGCUUGACGUGAUCAUGCAAGAAGCUGCAAGAUUUAAGCUCAAGCAUGGGAGGGAAGAAGAGGCAGCCCGCUUAUACGAGGAUUUGUUUAAGAGCCACAAAAGUGUCGAGGCUUUGGUUGGGUUGGUUACCACAGUUGCACGAGCGGAUGUGGAUAAGGCAGAAACCUACGAGAAAAAGCUAAAGCCGUUGCCAGGGCUUAAAGGAGUGGAUGUGGAUUCUUUGGAGAAAACAUCUGGCGCUAAGCAUGUUGAGAAUAAUGCUGAUUUGCGUAUUGUAGAAGAUGAGGAGGCAAAGGGCAAAGCAAAAUCAAAGAAAAAGAGAAAGAGAAAGCCCAAGUACCCUAAAGGGUUUGAUCCUAAUAACCCAGGCCCCCCACCGGAUCCAGAGCGAUGGUUGCCUAAGAGGGAGAGGUCUAGUUACAGGCCUAAGAGGAAGGAUAAAAGAGCUCAGAUUAGAGGUUCUCAGGGUUCAGUGUCUAGAGACAAGCAGGACACAAAUACUGCAGCAUCCAGCAGCUCUAACAGCAGCAAUUCGAAAUCAAAACCUAACCAGGCAACAGCUACAAAACCAGCUGCAGAGCAGUCCAAGCCUUCUUCAUCAAGGUCAUCAAAAAAGAAGUCAAGACGCUAAAGUUCGGCAGAUUUGGAGAUGGAAACAGUUUUGAUGAGAUCUGAGCUCUGAGAAUUCGAUUUUCAUUUAUCAAUUAUAGAAGUUUCAAGGUUUUAUUAACUGGUAUUUUUCUUGAUUUGCUGUAUUUCUUGCUAGAACAGAUGUCUGGUUGCAAACUAAUAUGACAGUAACUUUAGAGAAGUUGUUUUGGUUGGACAUAUCAUCAGUUUUUGGCUAUGGCUUAUCCUGCGUGUAGGGGAAGUGCACAUCUGUUUAGACAUUCAAUGCUCUAGCUAUUUAUGCAUUUACUAUUUUGCUA